ACACCAGAAGGAGGCGGCAGCAGCAGCAGCAGCUGCAGCAAUUCCGCGUUGGGUUCCAUUUCGUUGUCCUCUCCGUCGUCCCUCGCUCGCUCCCACGCUCCAUGCCUCUCUCGCCCUUUCUUCCAGUAUAUCUCUGACUCAUCUUGCUCGAGCUUCUGCCCCGCCUCCUUGGCUUCGACCGGGCGAGCAAGUAAGCAAAUGAAAUUCUGUACGGGGGACGCUAGAAAUUACCAGGAGCAGAUGUGCACGGACUACAAUUUGCAGUGACUGAUACAUAGCAGGACAGUCGGACAAGCGCCAUGAUCGAAAACCCAACGAUGGAUGGGAGCGAGGGUGUAGAUUCGGAGGUCUAGGAGAAAGCAUAAUUGCGCGGCUGUAGCAGCUACUCUCCUGCAGCAAGGUGUGGCGGAAUCAGCUGGCUCUCUUUGUUGGUGCGAGGCAAACGAUGACCUCGAGGCUGAUUUUCGACCGAGGACAUGAAGCACGCGGUGCACAACAUCAUCACGCCGGCUUGUAGAACGAAUGGUGUUCCCGAGAGACAUGUAGCGCGGGCAACUCAGGCUAGAUUUGUAGACGCUGGUGCGGGACCAGCAGCAGUAGCAGCAGCAGCAGCUGGUGGUGGUGGUGGUGGUGGGUUCAGAGACAUUUUCGGGACGGAUGAAUCCCUGACGGGUGCCAAUCGGUCUCGAAGCGAAGUCCAUUUGGCUCCCUGGAUUACAAAACGGAAAUAUGAGGAUAUGACUUCAAGUAGAGUGGAUGAGGUGGAAGCUGAGAACGAUCAUGAACUGUCGAGUAAACUCAGUUUCUUCAGGGAAAAUAAGAGGAGAAAACCGCCUGAAGCUGGCGAUCUCAUGCUCAUGCAGGUUCACGUUAAGGUGCAAGAUCAAAGCGAGGACGAAUGUCAGGUUAGGACGCGCGGAAGUUCGCCUAGGUCGGGCUCAACGUCAAGGGUAGUCAUAACACCAGAAGCGUGCGGAGAAUCCGAUUUGACAGCUGAAACUCUUAUGGCAGAAGAAAGCUCGAGAUCGAGCAAUAAUGAUGGUUCGUCCAAGUUCGAGAGCGCAGCCGAGUCCGUGUCCAAGGGAUCAACCCGAGAGCCUCGAUCGGGGUCGAGCUUAAGAGUUCUACACAGUUUUUUGGAUCAGCCCGAAGGGCAUGGGGAGGUCAGAAUACCGUUCAGCGACACCUUGGCGUCUCCAGCUCAAGCUCAUCAGAGUCGCCAGCAGCAGCAGCAGCAGCAGCAGGCGGCCCCCGCCCGCAAGGAUGACCACAUUAGUCUUAGCUAUGGUGGACACAUGGAGAGCAUGAACCAGCCCGGGACCGAGGGCGUGGCGAAGCUGGAACCGGCGAGUUUUCGGUCUCUUGCAUCGAGUGAACAGCAGUCGUCAGCAGCAGCAGCUCCGGCUUGGGGCUCGAACAAAACCGAGCAAUGGCUGCAAUUAGGCGUAGGGUCGACAUCAGGCUCAGGCUCAUCCCGCAAUACCCCUCCUUCCAACAGGUUGAAUCCCGGCGCGGAACAUCGUCGAGAAUCUCCGCCCUUCCAACAAGCGAAUGCCGACAGGCCUCAUGGAAAACGCAAGAACCCGUCGUUGGACUUCCAAAUUUCUGAGAGCCGGGACGCCGAAUCCUUGUCAGAGAACACGAACAUGGCCGCCGCAAUUCAAUGGCAAGCUCAACGAGGUCCAAUGCCUCGCAAAUUCGAACCCAAUAUUGACUCGGCCUCGACCCUCACCCCACCGCCCGCUUACGUGAGCCUGCCAGCGUCCAGCUUCUCGAGAACCACCACCGGCGUUGCAGAAAUGGGCGGCCCGAAUUAUAAUCUCGAGAAGGACUUGUGCCUGUUUGGCAACCUCGUGACUGCUCCGAGCCCUCAGCUCGUUUUGGCCCCCGGUGCUCCAGGACCUUUGGCCAGAGACCUUGCAGGUAAUGCAUCCGAAAGGAACCUUGGAACUAUGUCAAGUCUUCUGGCUGGAUCGCUGGACCCCCGACAUCCAGCUGCAGAUCCGCACGGCGGCAAGUAUCCAAUGGGGGCUGAGAAUCUGCUUCUAGGUGGGGGUGCGGGUGGUGCGAAAGCAGGAAUUUUCAGUCGAGCUGUGCCAUUUUUACCGAGAUCGGGAGAGGACGUUCAAUUUAAAUCGCCUCAGCAUUCAGCCACGGACCAUUCUCAACAGUUUCAGCGGGGCAAUCGGCAAUCGGCUCUCGCUGCUUUGAUGCAGUCCAGUGAGGAUCAGCGCCAAGCUGCAGGACACGCGUGGCUUUCGCCAUCUGACUCUGCCCAGAAGUUAAUUCCACUCGCCAACAAUUUUCAAGGCUGGAGUUCCGACAUGAGCACGAGCUCGGUUACCAGAUCAGGAACAGGAAGCGAUCAGGCGGCCGUCGAAAGGCAUCCCAAUCAAGUGGAUCUGCAAUUGCAGAGAGCCUCGGACGAGUGGGGGAACUUAUUCAAACGAGUGAGUCCUAACAUGUUGUUCCCGUCCCAAGUUCAGCUGCCGGACGGGUCGUCGCGGAUGCUCAAUCUGGACAAGAAUGCAGCAGCUGCUGCUGCGUCUCAAGAGGCACUGGACCACAUGGACGCCUUCAAGCGCGCGAUCAAGAUACAAAACAGACCUCAGUCUCAGUGGAACACGCCUGAGCCAACGAGCCUGGGGGCGGUGGCAAAUUGGUGCCUGAACGGGGGCAAACCUCUACCUGGCCCCAGAGCCGAAAAACUGGAAGCUUACAGUGGAGAGCGAGCAGGAAUGUCGCCAAUGCUUCCGGACAGACUGCCCGUGCAAGGUAGAUACCAAGACAUCGAGCAGAUAUUGAGUACAAAGCAGGCAUCUCAAAGACAAAGCUGGCAGCCCGCAGCUGGGCAACCGAAGCUGCAACAUGGAAAUGUGAAUAUUCUUAGAGGUUCUAGAUCUGCAGCACCGAGUGUCUCGAAGCCAAGGUUCCAGGUUUUGCCACCUGUCUCCAGAGGAACUAGUCAAGCGGGGCUCUGGUUCAUUCUACAAUCUGCAGCAGAGAAUCAGAACGACGAAGCUGGUCUGCCGCAAAUCACCAAAGCUUAUCUGAGAAUAAAGGAUGGCAAAAUGCCUGUUUCUGCUGUCAAGAAAUAUCUUGCUACCAAGCUUGGGCUUGCAAGUGAGGCUGAGGUGGAGAUAACGUGCAGAGGACAACCCGUGGUGCCCAAUUUGCCACUUCAACAUGUUCGAGACGUUAUCUGGUAUUCAAACCUUAAUCCUUCCAAGGAUCAAACAACGACGACGACGGGCAGCGGUGACAGAGACGAAUCUACCUCUGCUGAUCAAAGGGUACGUCCAGCCGCCAACUGCAACCCUGCAAUGUUCUCAAAGGAUGUUGUCAUGGUUCUGACCUAUCGGAGGCAUCCGCGAACAAUGCCACCACAACAUUGUUGACAUAAGGUUAUCAGGAAAUUAUCCUUUUCAACCUUAUCAGAAAUUUACAUAAUAAGAUACCUUACAAAUCUUCCAAUUUAUGGAGCACAUAUUAAAGAUCCACGAAGGCUGGUAUUUCUAGCAAAUUCGAAUCAGUGGAGUUACAGGAGUAUAGCUUCCAAAUGAGUCAUUUCUGAUAAAAAUCUCCUUUGUAUUGUUAAGAAAGUGGGGUCAAUAAUUCCAGAAAGUUAGAGAAAUCUUAGAGAUUAAAUUAGAGAAUCAUGCACCAGGCGAUGCAUUGAAAUUUUUUCUAUAUACACCAUGGUUUGCUUGGGAUGCUAGAGAGCUGUUACAUUAAAAGCAUCCAUCCAGGUCUGCCUUAUGAUAGACAGACUUUUCAAAACUAAGUGAAUGAUUUCAUAGAGCAGCUGCUGUAUCCAAGAAAGCUGCCUCUCAUGUACAUUGCAAAUGAGCACACAUGAAGCUUAAGAAGCUACAUUGUUUGAGGAGUUCUGU